GGCGCGGGCUCGCGGGGACUCUGCGCGACGCUGGGGAAGAGAAGGCAGGAGCCAUCCAGCGCCGAGAAAGACGACCAUGGCCAAGGAGUGGGGCUAUGCCGAUCACAAUGGUCCUGACCACUGGCAUGAACUUUACCCAAAUGCCAAAGGGGACAAACAGUCACCCAUUGAGCUGCAUACCAAAGACAUCAGGUAUGACCCUUCUCUGCAGCCAUGGUCAGCAGCUUAUGACGGCGGCUCUGCCAAGACCAUCCUGAACAACGGGAAGACCUGCAGAGUUGUGUUUGAUGAUACUUAUGAUAGGUCAAUGCUGAGAGGUGGUCCUCUCCCUGGACCCUACCGACUUCGCCAGUUUCAUCUCCACUGGGGGUCCUCGGAUGAUCACGGCUCUGAGCACAGUGUGGAUGGAGUCAAGUACGCAGCAGAGCUUCAUUUGGUUCACUGGAAUCCAAAGUAUAACACUUUUAAAGAGGCUCUGAAGCAGCCUGACGGAAUCGCUGUGGUUGGCGUAUUUCUGAAGAUAGGACGUGAGAAAGGCGAAUUCCAGAUUUUCCUAGAUGCAUUGGACAAAAUUAAGACAAAGGGCAAGGAUGCGCCCUUCACGCACUUCGACCCGUCCUGCCUGUUCCCCGCCUGCCGGGACUACUGGACCUACCAAGGCUCCUUCACCACGCCGCCCUGCGAGGAGUGCAUCGUGUGGCUGCUGCUGAAGGAGCCCAUCACAGUGAGCUCUGACCAGAUAGCCAAGCUACGGAGCCUCCUCUCCAGUGCCGAGAACGAGCCCCCGGUGCCCCUUGUGAGAAACUGGCGCCCUCCACAGCCUGUCAAGGGGAGGGUGGUGAGAGCCUCCUUCAAAUGAAGCCUCUGGAUCAUGCCCUCUUCAGGAAAGGAAGCCUGCCAUUGCAGAGCUUGGUUCCUUGCCUCCUUCUGGUGCUCCUUACUCCAAGUAGAUUUCAUUUUCUACGCUGAGCAAUGAAUGUGAGAGAUGCAGUCACCAAGAAACCAAAGUUACUUUUGACAAGAUCUAAUAUGAAAGUAUAAAUUUCACGUUUGACCUUUGUAAUAAUCAUCUUUCCUAUAAAAGUAGUAUAAUAAGGUUUCAAAGAAGAAACAGAGAUGGAAAGGUAGAGAUACAGGAAAAUGGCUAUUGGACACCAUUUUCCUGUCAUCUUAAAUUUCAUAGAACUUCGGUUUUCCUAUUUUCACAUUAUUAGUUGUCCAUCUAAAGAAGUAAUGAGCAAUUCUGUAUGUAAUAGAGCUUUAUGAAGAUCAUAUAACAAUUAAACAUAAGCCAGAAAUUCAAAUGGCUAUGGACUCCAAGAAUUGAGAUGAUAAUGUGUUUUAACUCUUAAAUAACACCAAGAAGUCCAUCAUUUAUUGAAAUUUGAGCUAGGGUUACUUGGUUUUAGGUAGGAUUACUUGCUUUUGAAAGGAAAAGAAAACACAAUAAAACCAGCAGUUUUCAAAAUUUUGAUACAGCAUUUGAAUUUCUUCUCCACAAAAGUGGUUGACUUUAUCCGAGUAUUUUUCUUUACCUGAAAGAGGGCCGUUUAUUUUUAAUUUCACUACUUUUAUCUUUGCAUGACUAUUAAAAUAAGACUGUCUCUGAUAUCUUUCUAAUUUGAGGCAGGAAUGAAUGAUUCCUAGAACUCAAAGGAAUGAAUGAUGACACUUGAAGCAAAAGCAGUUGUACUGAUCACCAAAACCAAUAAAGACGUGAA